AUGCGAGAAACAAGAAAAAUCAUCCAAACCCUCAAUAAAAAUAUCAAAAUUGACUUUUUGAAAAUGAUGUUUUUCAACCUCGCCAAAGAAAAGACUCUUGAAUUCACUGUGGAAGAGCUUCCUGACGGAAAGUUCCGCAUCAAGACCAAUUACGACGACGAAAUGAAGUUCGACAAGGAAGUGCUGGAAAAGUACUCGCCUGAAUUUGUCGCGAAAAACCUCCGAAUGCUCAAAGCCUUCAUGAAAAUCAAGGAAGAGAAGAUCAAAAAAGGAUCGCAGUAA